AUGACUUCUGCUGUAUUCCUGGUUAUCCUGUGCAUAGGAAUUAUGUCAGGUGCUUCAGCACAUGAUCCCAGUUUGGAUGCUGAAUGGGAGAAAUGGAAGAUGGAUUAUGAAAAAUCAUACAGCCUGGAGGAAGAAGCAAUGAGGAGAACAGUAUGGGAAAAAAACUUGAAAAUUAUUAAAGAUCACAAUGGGGAGAAUGGUCUGGGUAAGAAUGGCUACACCAUGGAAAUGAACGGCUUUGGUGACAUGACUGGUGAAGAAUUCAAGGACAUGAUGGUUAAUUUCCCCAUCCAACCUCACAACAAGAGGAAAAGCAUCUGGAAACGUGCUGUUGGUGAUGUUGGUUUACCCAAAUUUGUGGAUUGGCGAAAGAAAGGCUACAUGACUCCUGUGCGAAAUCAGGGUAAAUGCGGUUCAUGUUGGGCUUUUACUGUAGCUGGUGCCAUAGAAGGACAAAUGUACCACAAAACAGGCAAAGUCACCCCCCUGAGUGUGCAGAACCUAGUCGACUGUUCUAGACCUCAUGGCAAUAAUGGCUGUGCUUCGGGUAAUACAUACAAUGCCUUUCAGUAUGUCUUGCACAAUGGAGGUAUAGAGGCUGAGGCAACUUACCCAUAUGAAAGAAAAGAAUGGAAAUGCAGGUACCGUCCUGCACGUUCUGCUGCUAAAAUCAAAGCAUUUUUUGUCCUCCCAGAAGGUGAGGAUAUCCUAAUGGAUGCUGUAGCAAAUAAAGGGCCCAUUGCUGUUUCAAUUGAUGCUUUCCAUGAUUCAUUUCUGUUCUACAGGACAGGUAUUUAUCAUGAGCCAAACUGCAGCAGCUCUGUUGUGAAUCAUGCAGUUCUUGUGGUUGGCUAUGGACAUGAAGGAGAUGAAAUGGAUGGCAAUAAAUACUGGCUGAUAAAGAACAGCUGGGGUAAAAAAUGGGGCCUGAAGGGCUAUAUGAAACUUGCCAAAGACUGGAACAACCUCUGUCAAAUUUCUUCAUAUGCCCAAUACCCUAUUGUGUGA